GAAGUUUCAUGUUUACUCAAUUUUACACUUCGACCUUAUCAAUACGAUGGUUUCAAAUGGUUAUUAACCUUACAUAACAGCGGUUUAUCUGGAAUUCUUUCAGACGAAAUGGGUUUAGGUAAAACCGUUCAAACUAUAACAUUGCUAAGUCAUUUAGCUAGUGAAAAAGGAAUUUGGGGACCGCAUAUAAUAAUAGUUCCAUCUUCAGUACUUUAUAAUUGGCAACAGGAGUUUCUUAAAUUCGCUCCUGGACUUAACGUAUUUGUAUACGCUGGGUCGAAAAAAACGCGAGCUCUUAAAAGACAAGGAAUGUACAAAAAAUUUGCUUUUAAUGUUUUGGUCACCACGUAUAAAAUUGCGGUACUUGAUUCAGCACAUUUGCGUCGAAUGAGCUACUACUACAUGGUUUUAGAUGAAGCUCACGUGUUAAAAAAUUUCGCCGGAAUACAGUGGAACACGAUUUUUAGAUACAGCUAUGUACACAGAUUAUUACUUACAGGUACACCUUUACAAAACAACCUUAUGGAACUCUGGUCGCUGAUGUAUAUGAUUAUUCCAGAAGUUUUUGGAAAUCAUGCAGAUUUCGACAGAAUGUUUAAUUCACCAUUACUAAAAGCCAUAAAGAACAACGAAGCAAACGAAUCAAUCGUUCAAUCAGUGCAACACUUAUACUCAGCUUUAAGACCGUUUUUUUUAAGACGUUUAAAGUCACAAGUUGAAAAAGAACUUCCAAAAAAAACAGAACGAGUAGUUCGAUGCAAACUCACAAAUAAACAGAUAAAAUUAUAUAAUGAUCUGAUAUCUGCUUAUGAUAAAUCAGCGAGAAACAGUCAAAAAGGUCCUUCAGUUUUGACAAAUAUGUCCUUAAUACUUAAUUUGCGACGAGUAUGCAACCAUCCUUCGCUGAUUGAAGAAUCUUUUAUUGAUUCAACUAUUUUUUAUAAAUUUCUUAAUCUAAGCGAAAAAAAUUUUAUUGAUGUUAAGAACCCAUUACUAUUUGAUAAAGCUAUAAAUGAAGAAACAUCAACAAAAUUUAAAAAUUAUCAUUCAAUUCUUACUGAUAAACAGUUUAAAGCAUCUGAUAUUAGUUGUAGAACUGUCACUUUCAAUGAUUUUUUUACUACACACCAAGCGUCUACGUUAACAUUUAAAUUAUUUGAGAUAAUGCAAGCUGACACUCGACUUUUGCGAUUACGAGAGACUGAUAAAAAUUUUCAUGAAGAAUAUAUUUUAACAAGACGAAAAUCUAUUUUGAGUAAUAGUAUGGAAGAUAAAAAAUUAGAUAUAAUUCAUUCGGCCAAAACGAAGCCGCGAGUGAUAAAAGUUUGGUUGAAAAACGGUUACUGCAAAAAAGUACUGAUUAAAGGAGGAGAAGAUGAUGUGCGGCAGGACUCCCUUAUACUAAGAAAUGUGGCUUAUCUGCGAAUUGUUACAAACGAAAAACAUUUGGGAACGUACAACAUAGUACCCGUGAAUUUUUCGUUAGGUUUAAUUCAGUUUUUAGACAUGUGUAUUUCGCUCAAAGACAACUUUGGCUAUAUAUUUGAAUUGUCUAGAAUAUUACUUGUUCCGGAGCUGAUUCCGAUAAGAGUGACGAGAAUGUUCACAAAAUUCUAG